GUCACCGUACUCAAAGCUGUGAUGAUGAUAAAGCUGUAGAAAUGAACUCUCUUGGUCGCCCUAUAACCUAAAACCUUUCAAUCAUGGAACUUGAUAAUCUAGGAGGAGUUGAGGAACCUUUACUUGGUGCUGUUGGCUCAAAUCGGGAGCAUACAGCCAGGCGAAGACAUGUCAAACUUUCCAUGUACCGAAUAAUUAACAUGGGUGUGGUUAUGAUUAUUGGGACGACGAAGGCUAUUUUGUCUUUUCUGGGACAAUCCGUUACGCCUACCGCUCUCGAGUGGGUAGGCGGCGUUCUGUUGGCUGUGGGAUUAUAUUAUCUAGGGCUGUACGAAGAAGUUGCAGAUCCAAGGUGGGCCUGGUUGUUUGAGAAAGACUAUUCUCAAGACUUCGGCUACUAUUUUGUGCGUGCCAUUCUGAUAUUCAUAGGCGCAUUCACUUUCUGUACCUUCUCCUCCGGACUUACGUUUGGUGUCGUAAUUUACACACUUGGAAUCUUGAACCUCUACGCAAAGUACACUGGAGUUAAUUUCUGGUCAUGCAUGCUGGUCUUCGUAUUCAACGGUAUAUUCACGGUUCUUGGAUUUAGGAUAUAUGCAUACCUGGAGAAGGUCCGAUUUAUACGUAGAACUAUCAUCAGAACCUGGGCUUGGAUUUCCCGGGGCCAAUCCACUCCAAAACAUUUUCCAUGGUGGCUUGAUGCUUUCACAACCAUUUCAGCUGCAAUAUUGUCGCUCCUUCUGUUCUACUUCCGAUUGUUAGACAUGUACCUUGCCGCUGUGCAGGCUUUGGUUCGUCGUCUACCUCCGGAGGAGUAAUGGGGUCAAGGGCAGCAACGCCUUAUCUACAUACGUCAUUUCUUCCCUUCCUGUGGUUCAUUGCUUAUGACCCUCGAGAGUAUGCUCUCGUCUAUCUCCCCUGUGAUCGCGAGAUAUUCGUAGAGAGUACCUCAGAGGAACGAAUUGAUACUGUCAAUUAUCUUUCUC